AUGCCAUUUUCUGAUGUAAUUACUCUGCAGGCACUGCCAUAUGAUUUGAAGACAAAGCUAAGCAUAGAUGAGGAUCUGGUGUCAAGUCCCAAAGAAGCACUCUCUCGAGCCUCUGCAGAGAGGGUUUCAAUGAGAAAUAAGAAUCUCAGGGUUAUUUCGCACUCAUAUUCAACACAGGGAGACAAGAAUCUCUCCAAGCUUACUGGAUUCAAUGUCAAUAACCGAAGGUUUGAUGACCGGAGUAUAGAGUCGUCACCAACACCAGCAAACCAGGGAGGUAUUACCCAGCUCUCAGAACAAAUUUCUACACUAAAUGUUCGGAUGGAUGAUUUUACCUCUCGAAUCGAAGAGUUGAAUUCCCAGUUAAUCAGCAAUAGAGUUUCUGCCAGCCCUCAAAACAGGGCUGUGCAUGCUGAAGUCUGCAAUGGAUCUGCUCCCACUUCUUCCUUCGUCUCUGGUUUAGGCAACGGUUCCUUGGCUGGAUCCAUUAUUCCAAAUUCCUCGUCUUCCUCCCAGCUAGCGAAGGAGUCUCCCUUGAUGGAAGAGAUAUCUGGUAUUGCAAGAGGACAACGGCAAGUCUUGCAUCAGUUGGACAACCUCAAUAAUCUUCUCCGCGAGAGCUUGGGAGAAAUAUCUCGUGAUGCAAGAACAGACAAGAACUGCGAAAUAGCUGAUGUUGAUCCUGUUAGAGUUUCUCUGAUUAUAGCAUUGGCAAUUGGUGGUCUCGGAAUCUUCUUGUUUAAGGGGCUUCUAUCCCGAAAUUGAUUCCUUGCCAAACUAUUUCUUUACAUUUGCACCUUCAGAUCUUUGAUAUUUUAUCAUUAUUUUUCGUCGGAUCCCACGAAGUGGCUUGUGAUACUAA